AUGCUCUCCCGCAGCCGCAUCGCCGUCCGUCAGCUCCGCACCGCGCCCACCGUCCGCGCCAUCUCGGUCUGGUCCAACGUCCCCGCCGGCCCGCCCGACCCAAUCCUUGGUAUCACCGAGGCGUUCAAGAAGGACUCGAGCCCGCAGAAGAUCAACCUGGGCGUCGGCGCCUACCGCGACGCCGACGGCAAGCCCUACGUCCUCCCCUCGGUCCUCGCCGCCGAGGACAAGGUCAUCAGCGAGCGCAACGACAAGGAGUACCUCCCGAUCACAGGCCUCGGCACCUUCACCCAGGCCGCCGCCGUCCUCGCCUACGGUACCGACUCGAAGCCUUUGUCCGAGGGUCGUGUCGCCAUCACCCAGUCGCUGUCCGGCACGGGUGCGCUCCGGAUCGCGGGCGCCUUCCUCGCGCGCCACUACCCUCACGCCAAGGAGAUCUACGUCCCGAGCCCGACCUGGGGCAACCACAUCCCCAUCUUCCGCGACUCGGGCCUCGAGGUCAAGACCUACUCGUACUACGACAAGAAGACGGUCGGCCUCGACUUUGAGGGCCUGAAGAAGGACCUCAAGGCCAUGCCCGACAAGUCGAUCGUGCUCCUCCACGCCUGCGCGCACAACCCGACCGGCAUCGACCCGACCGAGGCCCAGUGGCGCGAGAUCUCGGACGUCAUCAAGUCCAAGGGCCACUUCCCGCUCAUCGACAACGCCUACCUCGGGUUCGCGUCGGGCUCGGUCGACAAGGACGCGUUCGCGCUGCGCCACUUUGUCGAGGAGGGCCACCAGCUCAUCCUGUGCCAGUCGUUCGCCAAGAACAUGGGCCUGUACGGCGAGCGCGUCGGCACGUUCUCGGUCGUGUGCGCCGACAAGGAGGAGAAGGCGCGCGUCGACUCGCAGAUCAAGAUCCUCGUCCGCCCCAUGUACUCGAACCCGCCGGUGCACGGCGCUCGCGUCGCGUCGACCCUCCUCACCGACAAGAAGCUCAACGCGCAGUGGCUCGCCGAGGUCAAGGGCAUGGCCGACCGCAUCAUCGACAUGCGCUCGACCCUGUUUGACCUCCUGCACGAGCUCGGCAGCAAGAAGAAGUGGGACCACAUCAAGAACCAGAUCGGCAUGUUCGCGUACCUCGGCAUCUCGCCGGAGCAGGUCGACCAGCUCGCCCGGGAGCACCACAUCUACCUCACGCGCGACGGCCGCAUCUCGGUCGCCGGCGUCACCAAGCACAACGUGCGCCACCUCGCCGAGUCGCUCCACAAGGUGACGGCCAACGACGCUUGA